AUGCAAAAUCCGUACAAAAUCCUAGAAGAUCCGAUUGUUGUAGUACCGGCUGUUCAGAACAAAGUUGUUCGUUAUAUUCACGACUUUCACGAAUCGACGAUGAUUUUACGAUCCGUAUCCCUCAUUUAUCUACUGCUUAUCGAAUUUAAUUUAUCAUGUUUACUGGAAAAUGGAAGAAGUGCCGUAUACUUAUCGGUCGUGGAAGAUGUGAAACCCGGUGAGGUUAUCGGACAUUUGCCGAUCGAGGGCAAGACGGAUGGUGCGAAACCAGACAUCCAGUUACGAGUUGUUAAAGGUGAAGAAAUAGCACACAUUUUGCCAGGAUCAAAGGAUCUUGUUAUCGAAAAGGAACUCGACCGAGACGAGGGUCAGGGGAAGUUUGAACUUGUUGUCGAGUGCACAUCACAGAAUCUGGACAGUGAUUUUAGUCAGCUUAAUAUAUCAGUUUUUGUUACCGUCCAAGAUGUGAACGACAAUGCACCUAUAUUUGAUGCUACAGAAUAUAAUAUUACUAUUAAGGAAGAACUACCUAUAGGAACUAUUGUAUUUGCUGAUUUUGAAGCCACAGAUCGGGAUCAGCCUGGUCCAAAUAGUUUUGUAUUGUAUUCUAUAGCCGCUGGACCUCACUCAGAUCUUCUGGAAAUAGCUGACCCAUUCCGACCGGUAGUUACUGUCAAGAGCCGUAUCGAUUAUGAAAAAAUCCGGAAAUUCGACGUGACGUUAGAAGCACGUGAUCAGGGUGAACCUUCGUUAUCGUCUUCUGUUCCACUUCAUGUUACUGUUGAAGAUGUUAAUGAUCGUCCACCUUAUUUUAAAAGACAGUAUUAUACUUGUCGAACUAUUAAAGACGAUGUGCUAGUCAUUGAACCGGAGGCAAUUAACGCUCGUGACGGUGAUGAAUUGGAUGAUGACAUUGAAUAUGGGAUUUUUGGAGAAUUUUCGAACAACUUUCUUAUCGAUCGAGACGGUAAAAUCACAGUGAAACUUCCUCCACCACCUCCACGUGCAACAUUCUUUGUUUACGCACGUGAGAAGAACAAUCCGGAUAUGAACGCUACGGCAAUACUCUCUUUGAAUCUGGAAAAAUCUAUACGCUUCGAAUACGAUUCAUAUUCGCUCAAGAUAACACCAGCGAUGCCACUUCAUACUGUACUGCUUACUGUAAAGGCUUUUUCAAGUCAGGGUUCUGCAGUACGUUAUUCGCUUGGAAAUGUAAAUGCGGUCGUAGCUGUAGGUGAAACAACCGGUCAAGUGACAUUUGCCGGUUUGCCGAAGGUGAAAUCCGGAAUAAUGCAAUACGAAUUACUAGCUACAAAUAGGAUAGAGACUACCAAAGCGAAAUUGACUGUUGUUGUUGAAACGGAAUCCGAUUGUUGUGCGCAAAUGGAAUUUGAAAAACCUGAGUAUCAUCUUCAAAUUGGCUCCUUGCCAGUACUUGGAACAAUUAGUGUUCGUGGACAACAGAAGCCUAAUUAUAGGCUUAUGAAUUUAAAUCAAUAUUUUUUCGUGGAUCAAGAAGGAGUUGUACGACUUCAACCGGAUACUCGUCCACCGUGUGCAAUUUGUGAAUUGGUUGUUCUUGCCUCUCGUGACGAUGGAGCUACAAGUGUAGCUAAGAUUACCGUCAAAAAUCCAUCAUUCGCCGUUUCUUCCACAUCUGUGCUGACAAUUCUAAUUCUUAUUAUUUUGGCACUAAUCUUCGCAUUAUUAUUGGUGAUAGUGUUCAGGAAGGUACACUAUGUCCGUCAUUACGUUGUAAACGCUGAUAAGGAGAAGAAUUUUGAAGCGGCAAAAUCACCGGCACCAAAGAGAACCGCCGGAGCUCAUCUCGUACCGGUUACGGUAACCACCCAGGACGGUGCUCCGACCGUGUAUUUUUAA